CGUUCGGCUGUUAACCGAAAGGUUGGUGGUUCGAGCCCACCCAGGGACGGACGUGCUUCUUUUGCUCCCCCGGGUAAGACGAGCGGUGCCGGCGCGCCUCCUUUUUGCCAGGUCGCUCCCCGCACACUUCUGUGUUUUUCUAUCCCGCGUGGGGCGUCCCAGAGCGCGCGGGGAGUGAGGGGCAGGCUUCCACAGAGGCGGAACGUCUCUGCCCGAGUUCCGGUUUCCGCGCACCAGCCGAGCCGCUUUGGGCGACGGCCCCGGGGACCCGGAGCUCUAAAGAGGAAGGACCGUAGAGGUUGUCUGAAGGCCGAGGCCAAGAUGGCGGCGCUGGCGGCUCCCGGCCUGCUCCGCCCCAUCCUCGCUCUGCGUUCUGGUGUGGGCGCGGCUCUGCAGGUGCGCGGGGUCCAUCCGAGUGCGGCCACUGACAGCCCAAGCAGCACACAGCCCGCCGUGUCCCAGGCCGGAGCCGUGGUCCCCAAACCUGCCGCCCUUCCCAGCAGCCGGGGCGAGUAUGUGGUGGCCAGGCUGGACGACCUCAUCAACUGGGCCCGCCGGAGCUCCCUGUGGCCCAUGACCUUCGGCCUGGCCUGCUGCGCCGUGGAGAUGAUGCACAUGGCGGCGCCCCGCUACGACAUGGACCGCUUCGGCGUGGUCUUCCGCGCCAGCCCGCGCCAGGCCGACGUGAUGAUCGUGGCCGGGACGCUCACCAACAAGAUGGCCCCCGCGCUGCGCAAGGUGGGCCGUGCCCCCCCUCCCCCUGCACACCCCCCACCCCACCCCACCCCACCCCCGGCUCCAGCCGCACGCAGACCCCCGUCUCUUCCAGGUCUACGACCAGAUGCCAGAGCCUCGCUACGUGGUGUCCAUGGGGAGCUGUGCCAACGGAGGCGGCUACUACCACUACUCCUACUCCGUGGUGCGGGGCUGCGACCGCAUCGUGCCCGUGGACAUCUACGUCCCAGGCUGCCCGCCCACGGCCGAGGCCCUGCUCUACGGCAUCCUGCAGCUGCAGAGGAAGAUCAAGCGUGAGAGGAGGCUCCAGAUCUGGUACCGCAGGUAGUGCCGGCUCCGGCCGCCUUGCGGCGUCUGCACCGUCUGGAGAGGCCAUCAAUAAACC